AUGCCGCUACGGCCGUCCGACCUUGCGAGCCGCGACGGCGCAUCCCACUGCCUCGCCCACGUCCAAAGCGUCAGCAGGGACGGCACCAACUUUCUGGUCAGAGCUAGCCGGAGAGUAGACGAUUACGUCGAAGGCUACGCUUUCGUUGUUAGGUUGCUCAGUUCCAUACCCUACCAACGCAUCUGGCGGUGCCUCCGCUACCGAGCCAACUCUUCCGUCAAGAGAGACGACUCCGUUCUCAAGGCUAUCGCGGGGGAAGCGGAAGACUCCUCCAUGCAGCUGAUCACUUCCCUGACCGGCGGCACCGACCUCGACAUGCCGCUACCCGUAUCAGGCAGGCUGUCUGCGUUCGGGCUCAACGAGUCCCAAACUUGCGCCAUACUGGGCUGUGUGUCUGCGGUGCAGCGUGCCGGUGCCAGUGGCGGCGAUGGUGCGAGCACCAAGGUUAGCCUCAUCUGGGGGCCGCCUGGCACGGGCAAAACCAGGACCAUCAGCGUGCUCAUGCUGUCUGCCACGAAGCUGAAAUGGCGGGUCCUGGCGUGCGCGCCGACCAACACCGCCGUCUGCCAGGUGGCGUCCAGCCUCCUGGCACUGAGGAGGCAGCACCCCGAUCCCGAUGCCUGUGCUGGCCACGGUGAUCUGCUGCUGUUCGGCAACAGGACCCGCAUGCCCAUCGACGGCGAUCUCGACAACAUCUUCCAGGACACUCGUCUAAAGCUGCUAACGGAGUGCUUCUCGCCAGAGACCGGUUGGAGGCGGUGCCUUCUUUCACUGGAAGCGUUUCUGCGCGACGAAAUAGCCAUGAUCAAGCAGGAGGAUGGCACAAAACCAGUUGUGCUCAAGUACUACUCCUUCCCAACGUCAGAGUUCCAGCGGAUCUUCGAGAAGCUUAGCAAGUGUUUGAAGACAAUCAUGUCUCAUGUCUCAAUACAUCGUACCCUGGAGACGAACUACAACAACAUUGCUUUGCUCAGCAAGAUGCUCAACGACUUCAGCAAGCUGCUGGGCGUUCAGAAACAAGUCUCCACUUCAUCGAGACAGCUGAGACGGCAACGCGAUGGUUUAACAAUGGGUUACCACUCGGAACAAACAGUUGGCACCAUGAGGGAGAAAAUGCCUGAAAUUCUAGACGUCACGAGGACGCUGUUGCGAGACCUGCAACUUCCUCUGACCGAAGAGUUUUCCGAGAUCAAGGAGUUUUGCAUCGAAAGUGCGUCCCUCAUUUUCUGCACCGUGUCUGGCUCGGCUAAGCUGGAGGGGGAGAAGAUGGAUUUGCUUCUGAUCGACGAGGCUGCACAGCUCAAGGAAUGUGAAUCCCUCGUCCCAUUGCAAGUCUCCGGACUGAAACAUGUGGUUCUUAUCGGUGACGAGCGCCAACUGCCAGCUAUGGUUCUUAUCGGCACGUGCUCCGUUGGCUUCCUGUCGAACCGGCGACGCGCCAAUGUUGCCUUGACAAGGGCGAGGCACUGCCUCUGGAUCGUGGGCAACGCGGCGACGCUAAGUGGCAGCGGCUCCAUCUGGGGGGAGCUGAUCCGGGAUGCCGCGGAACGUCGGUGCUUCUUCGACUGGGACGAAGGCGAGGGCGUGUCUCCGGUAGUUUCUCGCCACGCUUGCGUGAUCGGGCCAGGACAUGGGAGGACUUAUGCGUCAGGACCAUGGCAUAGUAAUUCUUUAUUGCAUGUGACCCAAAGGCCUCACUUAAAAGAGGAGGGUGGUACAAACCCCCAAACGGGCAUGUGCAACAGAUUGUACAUCAAUUGGGAUAACCAGGAACUCUUGGAGAUAAUGAAUAAAGAUGGCCAAUACGCUGGAGAUGGGGCGGCCAUUGUUGAUGAGUGCUAUCAUCUGGCUUGUGAGCUUAGCUCUAUAGUUUUUGAAUUUUGUUUCAGAGAGUCGAAUGCGGCUGCUCAUGAAUUAGCUAGUAUUGCUAGAGUUUCGUUGUGUAAUGAUUUGGUAGAUAAUGCUCCUUCUGAGGUUCUUCCAUUGCUAUUAAAGAUGUAA